AUGACAAAAGAAGAAGCUGAAGGGAAGUCGCAAGAAGAAAAGAAAUUGAGAAGACCCAAAGAUGGUGAAUUUAGACAGCAGAGAUUACCAGCUUGGCAACCCGUCUUAACACCAAGAACAGUGCUGCCUACACUAUUUAUAAUUGGCAUCAUAUUUUGCCCAGCAGGUGGUUUAUUAUGGUGGAAUAGUAAUAAAGUUGACCAGAUAAUGAUCAAUUAUUCAUAUUGUCAGCAAUACACAAGUCCAGUCUACUUAGCGCCAAGCCUUUACGAUUAUCAAGUGUCCGAUAAAAACUUCAAUGCAUCAGCCAUGCAAGCGCCAGUAUACUCAUACAGAAACGAGAGCAGCUUCCUGGAUCCAACAUGGGGCAAUCCCAACAAUCUAAAUAUCCCUCGCUGCACAAUUGAUUUUACCAUUCCCACUACCAUGAAGGGUCCUGUUUUCUUGUAUUACAGACUGACAGAAUUCUAUCAAAAUCAUAGACAAUACAUUAAGAAUUUCGACGCUACUCAAUUACAGGGUAACGUAGUUUCACCCAGCACCCUUAGAACAAAUUGCGAUCCUUUAGCUUUCAAUGAUGCUGGAAAAGCUAUUUUUCCAUGUGGAUUGAUCGCCAACUCAAUGUUUAAUGAUACUGCGUCUGACUUGAUUUCUGUCGAUUCCCAAACACCUCAAACCUAUGUAUUGAGUCCACACAAUAUCGCAUGGCCAUCCGAUCAACAAAAGUAUGGUCCUACAAAGUACCAAACAUCAGAGAUUGCACCGCCACCAAAUUGGGCUCUUCGUUAUCCUAAUGGGCAGUACACGGAUGAAUACCCUCCGCCAAAUUUAUCCACUCAAGAACGCUUUAUGGUUUGGAUGCACGUGGCUGCAUUACCUGAUUUUCGUAAAAUUUGGGCAAGAAAUGAUACGCAAGAUCUCCAAGCAGGUCGAUGGAGAAUAUCGAUAGAUUCCAAUUUUGAUACGCUGCAAUAUGGUGGUCAAAAAUGGCUCGUUUUAACAACGACUACUGCUAUGGGAGGUCGCAAUCCAUAUCUUGGCAUUGCUUACAUGGCUAUUGGCGCUUUGUGUAUUUUGCUGGGCCUCUUAUUCACGAUUAGACACUUGAUUCGACCAAGAAAAUUAGGUGAUGAAUCGUAUCUCUCUUGGAAUCAACCUGGAGGUGGAUUACCAAGUAACAAGCGCAAACACCUUCACAGGGAUUAA